AUGCAGAUGGUGGGAUUCGGGACGGACCCUGACCUGCAGGUGGAUAUUAUCGCUGAGCUCGACCUCGUGAACACCACCGCUGGAGUCACUCAGGUGUCCGGACUGCACAAUGCCAGCAAAGCGUAUUUAUUUCAAGAAACAGAAAGAGAGAUCCAUGCAGCCCCUCAUGUGAGUGAGAAGUUAAUCCAGCUGUUCCGGAAUAAGAGCGAAUUCACCUUUUUGGCCACUGUACAGCAAAAGCCAUCGACUUCAGGAGUGAUCCUCUCCAUUCGAGAGCUAGAACACAGCUAUUUUGAACUAGAGAGCAGUGGUCUGAGGGAUGAGAUCCGAUAUCACUAUAUACAUAACGGGAAGCCCAGGACCGAGGCGCUUCCAUACCGGAUGGCAGAUGGACAGUGGCACAAGGUCGCUUUGUCAAUUAGUGCCUCUCAUCUCCUGCUCCACGUCGACUGCAACAGGAUUUAUGAACGUGUGAUAGACCCUCCUGAAACCAACCUUCCCCCAGGAAGCAAUGUAUGGCUUGGUCAACGCAAUCAAAAGCAUGGCUUAUUCAAAGGAAUCAUCCAAGAUGGGAAAAUCAUCUUUAUGCCAAAUGGAUACAUAACUCAAUGUCCGAACCUAAAUCGCACUUGUCCAACAUGCAGUGAUUUCUUAAGCCUGGUGCAAGGAAUAAUGGAUUUGCAAGAGCUUUUGGCCAAGAUGACUGCAAAAUUAAAUUACGCAGAGACGAGACUUAAUCAAUUGGAAAACUGUCAUUGUGAGAAGACGUGUCAAGUGAGUGGACUUCUCUAUAGAGACCAAGACUCCUGGGUUGAUGGCGAUCACUGCAGGAACUGCACAUGCAAAAGUGGUGCUGUCGAAUGUCGAAGGAUGUCCUGUCCCCCUCUCAAUUGCUCCCCAGACUCCCUCCCCGUGCACAUUGCUGGCCAGUGUUGUAAGGUCUGCCGACCAAAAUGUAUCUAUGGAGGAAAAGUCCUUGCAGAAGGCCAGCGGAUUUUAACUAAGAGCUGCCGUGAAUGCAGAGGUGGAGUUUUAGUAAAAAUUACAGACGCAUGCCCUCCUUUGAACUGCUCAGAAAAGGACCACAUUCUCCCAGAGAAUCAGUGCUGCAGUGUCUGUCGAGGUCAUAACUUUUGUGCAGAAGGACCUACAUGUGGUGAAAACUCAGAGUGUAAAAACUGGAAUACAAAAGCUACUUGUGAGUGCAAGAAUGGCUACAUUUCUGUCCAGGGAGACUCUGCCUACUGCGAAGAUAUUGAUGAGUGUGCAGCUAAGAUGCAUUACUGUCAUGCCAAUACUGUGUGUGUCAACUUGCCUGGGUUAUAUCGCUGUGACUGUAUCCCGGGAUACAUUCGCGUGGAUGACUUCUCCUGUACAGAUCCAAGUGUUGUCACCUAA